AUGUCUUAUAGUUCAUAAAAAUCUGUUUAAUUAGAGGAUUAUAGAGAGAUGGCAGUAGAAUUAUCGUAAAGUUUGAUAGCAGUUCGUUCUAUAAUAAGAGAGAUUUUAAGACGUUCUAGUGUUGUUUUAGUAGAGAAUCAUCUUGAGUAAGCAAUACCUUAAAUGAUGCCUAAAUGGACACUAUAAUUUUCUGAGGAUGUUGUUUCAUUAGGCAUACAUGAACCUGAUGAAAUGAUGACAGAGAAAAUAAAUUAAGGUUUAGUUCUGGAGACAGAACCAGAAAUAAAAAUAAGUGAUUGUUGGAGAAGUUAUAUAGCAAAUAUUGAUUUAAAGUUUCAUUAGACAACACAUACUAGUCAUAGUGUCACAAAAUCUCAUUUCUCAUUUAAUCCAGGUUAUUAAAGAAGUUCUGUAAUAAUAAAAAAAGCUUCGUAAAUAUUAAAAACUUAAUUUGAACCAUUUGAGCCAGAAUUUGUGAAUAUGUAUUAAAAAGUGGAAGAAGAUCCUUUAGAUUAAGGAUUGAGAUAGUAAUUAGAGAGAGAUUAAUUUUUAAGAUAAUAGAAGUUGUAGGCAGAAUAAUAAAGAAUAGCAGAGAAGAAAGAAUAAAUGAGAUAGCUUAGAUUAUUAGUAAGUUCAUUUACAGGAGAUAAGAAAUAUACAUUUGAUUAUGAAGGGAAAUUUAUGCCUUAGAAUAUUCCUUAGGUUGAAUAAUUAGCACCUAUUAGACCAAGAGUAAGUUCAAUGGUAUAGUUUUAAGAAAAGAAUAAAGUUAUUGAAUUUGGUAAAUCAUUUGCUCAUGUCAAAAUUGAAGGAGAUAAACCAUUUUUAGGAAGUCAAAUCAAUUUCUAAUAGAAAUAGUAGUAAAAUGUAUUUGAUCAAAUUGAAGUAGCUAAAGGUGUUACAUUGACAGAAGGUUAUAAUUAAAAAUAAGGACCUUCAUUCUCGAAUAAUUAGAAUAUAUAAUUAUGGGAAGAGGGAUUAAAAUUAACCAAAAAUGAAUACUAAUAAUAUGUAUAGGGAAUUUAAUAAGGAGGAGUAAAAUAAUAAAAAUUAAUCCAUGAUACUUCUAUCAAUGAUCUAGAACCAUCUCGAGUGAAUCUAAAUACAUCAAUAGUAAAUUCCUCAACUGUUAAGGAGGGUUCAAUUCGAAUAGAUGGAAAUAUCAGCAUUGAAGAAUUGUUAAUAACAGAAGAACCAACUCCAAUAAAAAUUGAUGUUUAAUACCCUUUACCCAAGUUACUCUUAAAAUAAAAAGAUCUCUCGUAAUUAUUAACUCUUACUAAUGAAGCUUUGAAAUAAGGUAAACCUAAGUUACCAAAAGUAAUGAGUUCGUAACAUUCACUACCACAAUUAGCUAAGAAUCCUAGAGAUAGAACCAUAAGUUAACUAUAUAAAUUUAAAUGA